UGAAACGGCAGAACUCAUGCCUGAUUCCCAAAAAAAAGAGGGUUGGUGUUGAACUUCCGGCGUGCCAAGUGUGUGGCUUAGCAUCUGGCAUUUGCAAGGAUGCGAGUGCGCGGCAUGCGCGCCUCACCAUAAAACUAUGGCGCGCACAUGAUCCGUAUACCAUUGCCAGCAGCAAUGGCGGCGUCAUCAGCAUGAGACGGAAUGAUAAACAACGUAUCGCAUGAGAAAAAGCAACCAGGAGCAUGAAGCACCAUGAUGGGGGCGUCGAAAUCGGGAUCCAUGCAUGUGAGACCUGACCAUUUCCUUCUCCUCCUCCCUUUUACAGCUCGCAAAGACGAAGCUUGGACGAGGCCGGAGCACCGGGCCAUGCACUUUCCCUCCAAAUCCCACUCUCGAGUAGUAGGUGGAGUAAAAUAUUGGAUCCCGAGGUGGGAAAGAUGGCGUCGGUGCAACAGGUGGAGGCCAAUCAUGGCGCCGGCUCACACUGCUCGCCACCUUGGAAGCUUUAUCGCAACCCCCUCUACUCCCCGCAGGACGACCAUUCUCCCAGCGUCCCCUCCUUCUCGCGCUCUUCUUGUCAAGGCCGCAAGGACCUCGAGCCGCAUAUGAUCGUUGUGUUCGACGACGGCGGCGGCGAGGAGGUGGAGCUGGACCAGGGGUACGGUGCCAUGUCGUCGGAGCUGGAGCUCUGCGUGGCUCGCAUCAGGGAGCUGAGGGCGGAUCUCGAAUUCGAGAGGCGCAUGCGGCGGAAGGCGGAGGCGCUGAACGAGGCGCUGGCCGCGGAGCUCUCGGAGGAGCGGCGGCGGGGCGAGGCCGCGGAGGCAGAGUGCCGGGCGCUGCGGGAGGAGGCCGGCGCCACGCGCGCAGAGGCGGAGCGCGCGAUGGAGGAGAUCAAGGAGGAGCGCCGGAUGAUGCGCGUCGCCGAGCUGUGGCGGGAGGAGCGGGUGCAGAUGAAGCUCGCCAACGCGAGGGCGGCGAUGGAGGAGAAGCUACGGGAUAUCGACGACGCCGUCGCCGAGCUCCAUGCUACCGCUGCCAGCUGCAACAAGAGCAGCCGCAGCCGUAGCCCAAACGCCAGCAAGUCAAACUCCACGAGUCAACACGGUGAACAGAGCCCGAGCCGGAGUCAGCAGGGUCAAUUGCACCGGCGAGAGGCCGGCGGCAGCAAGAACCCGCACAUCCGGAGGGGGAUCAAGGGGUCCGUGGAGUUCCCGCGGGCGGUGCGGAUGCGGCCGCGAGAGGAGAGGGUUGAUCUGGUGACCAACCUCGAGUGCCAGCGGGCGCAGCUGCGUGUCCUCAUGCGGCACCGGAGUCCAGCUGCCGGCAUGGGGCUCAUCGGCGCAGCAGAGAACCUGGUCGUGUAGUGCACUAACGUAAUGUAAGGAGGUGGUGCCUCUGUUUUUCCUCUCUCAUGCUCCUGAAUCCUGACUUUCUUGGCUCUGCCGUUUUGUUCUGGGGAUUCACAGUUUGGCCAGAAUGCUUUGGCCAGUUAACGGUGUAUUUUGGCUCUAAUCAUGUAAUCUACUGCUACUAUAAUUUUGUACAAAAUCAUGGCAAGACAGAUUAUGCAAAUCGGU